AUGCCACAACACUGUCAGACCACUCUCAGUUGGCAGUCAGCCCUUGCAAUGGCAACAAGUCUCCUUCUUUCCAGCUCACCUGCCAUUCCAUCUGCCUGCUCUGCUGCACAGCAACCCAACUUGAUUUCAACUGUUGCAACCAUCAGACCCAUUGCAGAUCAGCUAUGGAGCACACAGUAUCUUGCAGACCAAAGGGUGCAGCAAAAAGACUGGGCCUCAGAUGACAUUCUUUCCUUGCUUGACAAGUUCCAUCAGAAUGAUAGACAAGCCUUCUGCAGGAUGGUCAGAAUGUGGCCAGAAGCAUUUGAUUGCAUCCUUAAGCAGAUCAGAGAUCACAAGGUCUUCAAGGCCAACUCCAGAAGCACAUAUUUCCAGCUUGCUGUCUUCCUCUACAGAAUGGGAUGA